UUAAACACCUUGGAGGAGCGGAUGAAGAGCACAGAGGUCCUGCCGGAGAAGGCAGAUGCCCUCAAUGAAGCCCUAGAGUCUCUGGAAUCUGUUUUACGCCACCCAGCAGAUAAUCGCACCCAGAUCCGGGAACUUGGCCAGACUCUGAUUGAUGGAGGGAUUCUCGAUGAUAUAAUCAGCGAGAAACUGGAGGCUUUUAACAGCAGAUACGAAGACCUGAGUCAUCUGGCAGAGAACAAGCAGAUUUCUUUGGAAAAGCAACUCCAGGUCCUACGGGAAACUGAUCACAUGCUUCAAGUCUUACAGGAGAGCUUGGGGGAGCUGGACAAACAGCUCACCACGUACUUGACUGAUAGGAUAGACGCUUUCCAAGUUCCCCAGGAAGCUCAGAAAAUCCAAGCAGAGAUCUCAGCCCAUGAACUAACCCUAGAGGAGCUGAGAAGAAAUAUGCGUUCUCAGCUCCCGGCCUCCCCAGACGGCAGGGCUGCUCGAGGAGGAAGUCAGAUGGAUGUGCUACAGAGGAAACUUCGAGAGGUGUCCACAAAAUUCCAGCUUUUCCAGAAGCCCGCUAACUUUGAGCAGCGCAUGCUUGACUGUAAGCGCGUGCUGGAUGGUGUGAAGGCAGAACUUCACGUUCUGGAGGUGAAGGAUGUAGACCCUGAUGUCAUACAGACACACCUGGACAAGUGCAUGAAACUGUACAAAACUCUGAGUGAAGUCAAACUUGAAGUCGAAACUGUAAUCAAAACAGGAAGGCACAUUGUCCAGAAGCAGCAAACUGACAACCCUAAAGAGAUGGAUGAGCAGCUAACAUCCCUGAAGGUCCUUUACAAUGACCUGGGAGCACAGGUGACAGAAGGAAAACAGGAUCUGGAAAGAGCAUCACAGUUGGCCCGGAAAAUGAAGAAAGAGGCUACUUCUCUCUCGGAAUGGCUUUCUGCUACUGAAACUGAAUUGGUGCAGAAGUCCACUGCAGAAGGUCUGCUUGGUGACCUGGACACAGAAAUUUCCUGGGCCAAAAACAUUCUGAAGGAUCUGGAAAAGAGAAAAGCUGAUUUGAAUACCAUCACAGAAAGUAGUGCUGCCCUGCAGAACUUGAUUGAGGGCAGCGAGCCUAUCCUAGAGGAGAGGCUCUGUGUCCUUAACGCUGGCUGGAGCCGCGUUCGCACCUGGACUGAGGAUUGGUGCAAUACCUUGAUGAACCAUCGGAACCAGUUGGAAAUAUUUGAUGGAAAUGUGGCUCACAUAAGUACCUGGCUUUAUCAAGCUGAAGCUCUAUUGGAUGAAAUUGAAAAAAAACCAGCAAGUAAACGGGAAGAAAUUGUGAAGCGUUUAAUAUCUGAGCUGGAUGAUGCCAGCCUCCAGGUCGAGAAUGUCCGUGAUCAAGCCAUUAUUUUGAUGACUGCCCGUGGAAGCUCAAGCAGGGAGCUUGUAGAACCAAAAUUAGCCGAACUGAAUAGGAACUUUGACAAGGUGUCUCAACAUAUCAAAAGUGCCAAAUUGCUAAUAGAUCAGGAACCAUUAUCAUACCAACGUUUGGUCACCACCGAAACAUUUGAAGCUGGUAUGCCUUUCUCUGAGUUGGAAAAAUUAGAAAAUGACAUAGAAAAUAUGUUAAAAGUUGUGGAAAAACACUUGGAAUCCAGCGAUGAAGAUGAAAAGAUGGAUGAGGAGAGAGCCCAGAUUGAGGAAGUUCUACAAAGAGGAGAACAAAUGUUACAUCAACCUAUGGAGGAUAAUAAAAAAGAAAAGAUCCGCUUGCAGUUAUUACUUUUGCAUACAAGAUACAACAAAAUCAAGGCACUCCCCAUUCAACAAAGGAAAACAGGUCAACUUGCUUCUGGAGUUCGAUCAUCACCUCUCCCCACAGAUUAUCUGGUUGAAAUUAACAGAAUUUUACUUUCCAUGGAUGAUGUUGAAUUAUCACUUAAUGUUCCAGAGCUAAACACCGCAAGCUAUGAAGACUUCUCUUCUCAAGAGGACUCUCUGAAGAAUAUCAAAGACCAACUGGACAAACUUGGAGAGCAGAUUGCAGUCAUUCAUGAAAAACAACCAGAUGUUAUUCUUGACGCUUCUGGACCUGAAGCCAUUCAGAUCAGAGAUGCUCUCACUCAGUUGAAUGCAAAGUGGGACAGAGUUAACAGAAUAUACAGUGAUCGGAAAGGGUAUGUGUAAAUAAAAUUAAUAUUUCAUUUUUAAGCAAUGCCCGUAAGUUCAUGGGCCAUGGAAAUGGUCUUGUACACAUUGAGAACAUCCUUGUAAUAUACUCUGAUUUAAUAAAUUGUGAUGAGUAUAGUUCCUUAAAGAAAGAGGACUCUGAUCACAUAUAGAUGACCAUUUCUGACACAAUAUCCUAAUGGUGUGUAAGCACUUCUAAUUUUUAGUAUUUUCUUUAAAAAAUUUAAAAAGGAUUUUCUUUAAAAAAAUUAAAAAGGAUUUUCAUUAAUAUCCGCUCUCUCCAUACACUUGGUGAUAAAUAUGAGUGAAGAACAGAGACAACUACAGAUAAUGAGAAUCCAUAUAUAACCCCGGACUCUUUUUUAUAAGUGUCUGUUUAAAAGAAUGUUUUUGAACCUUCUUCUUACUAGAUUUUGACUAGGCCUAUUAAUAGAUAGAAAUAAAAACUGAUAAGAUUUUUGCCAGUAGCUGUGAAUGUGGUAAAGAGGCAGAUAAGAUAGAAAAUAGCUCAAUAUAAAGUAACUGUAUAAGAGGAACGCUAACACAGAAUAAUACAUUGGAGACUACACGCAAAACCUAGGCAUCGUGUUCUUCAUUUUUUUAAUAUUUUAGCCUAGAAUUUCAUGUGACUAAGCAAUUCUUGAGAAGAUAGCUUUUAAUAGCCUUUGGUAUAUUCUUUUGUAUGGAUUUUAAGAAUUAUCUCUUUGUACAUUUAGAAAAUCACCUUUUACAACUGUCUUUAUCUGUACCUUUAUUAGGCUUAAUUAUUAGAUGAAGACAAAUUUGUUAAAAAAUAAUAACAUUUUAAGACUCUGGAUUAUAUCAUGAAACUGUUUACUCUACCCCUGCCAAACAGUAUUUGUAAAAGUGUCCUUGUUUUUGAACCCUUGCUAACAUUGGCAGGCUUUUCAUUUAUUUUUUUUUAAUCUUUGCCAGUCUUAUAGUGAUAGAUUGCAUCUCAGUUGUAUUUUCACUUACUUGAUUAUCACUGAGAUUUGAAUAUUUUUAAAAUAUGUUUAUUGGUGAUGGCUUUGCAAACUCUACCUGAGCAUCCUUUUGUACAGCUCUUUUCAAAUUAACCCAUAACUAUGCUGCUUAGAUUUAUUUGAAACUUAAUGUUCUGUGAAUGAUGGUAUUGAUCUUUCCUAAGUUUAAUGUUUACACUCAAAGUCUUUUAAUCUUUGGAACAGCCUGUCCAGUAAUAUUUUCUAUUCAUUAUUGCAGUAUCUCAAAAUUUGGAAAUUUUGAUUGUUAAUGUAGUUAUUACACAUUUUUACAAACAAUAAUGAAUAUUUUAAGAUCUUCUCAUAGUGUAUUGUUUGAAGUGCUCUUAUUUUCGUCAUGCUGAAGAGAAAGUUGCUUCCCUGUAGGCAGUCAAUAAAUAUUAUCUGAAUUUGAAAAAUGAUUUUCAUGGAAGGAAGCAAAAAUAAGCAUUAUUUAGGGGUUACUGAAGUCACAGGCCAUUUUAUUAUUUUUAAA